AUGGCGUUCGCGCUGCUGCGCCCCGUGGGCGCUCACGUGCUGUACCCCGACGUGCGGCUGCUUAGCGAGGACGAGGAGAACCGCAGCGAGAGCGACGCUUCAGACCAGUCGUUCGGCUGUUGCGAAGGCCUGGAGGCGACGCGGCGGGGGCCGGGGCCUGGGGGCGGGCGGCGAGCGGGCGGGCGGGGGCUGGGCGGGGGCGGGGGUCCCGUGGUGGUGGUGCGGCAGCGGCAAGCGGCCAACGCGCGGGAGCGGGACCGCACGCAGAGCGUGAACACGGCCUUCACCGCGCUGCGCACGCUCAUCCCCACCGAGCCGGUGGACCGCAAGCUCUCCAAGAUCGAGACGCUGCGCCUGGCGUCCAGCUACAUCGCGCACCUGGCCAACGUGCUGCUCCUGGGCGACGCGGCCGACGACGGGCAGCCGUGCUUCCGCGCGGCGGGCAGCGCCAAGAGCGCCGUCCCCGCCGACGGCCGCCAGCCGCGCUCCAUCUGCACCUUCUGCCUCAGCAACCAGCGCAAGGGGGGUGGCCGUCGUGAGCUGGGGGGCAGCUGCUUGAAAGUCAGGGGAGUGGCUCCCCUUCGAGGGCCACGGAGAUGA